AUGAAGAAAUUGGUUGUUGCUUGUGCAGGAUAUGGUUCUGCUCGUAUGGUAGCUCGGAAUUGCAGUUGGGCCAAGAAUGAAAUGAUUCAGAGUAUAUAUACAUGUCCUCCAAUGAUGAGAAGGUCUUUCUUUUCUCUAUUCAAAAAGAAAAAGAGUUCUUCCAUAUCUGAGCCUUUUUUGAGGAGCGAACAGCUUGCUGAAAAGUACACAAUACAUGGUUUUGAAGUUAAUGAUCCAUACUAUAAAUUAUCCUUCAAUGAAGCUGCUCUUCAAGAUUAUAUCCAUCAAGAAUCGGAAUAUUAUGAACAUUAUUUUGAAGAACAUAAAGAAGAAGUCAAACGCGUAAAAAAAGAGUUGAAAGAUAUGCAACAAAAUUAUAUUUCAAGAAAUGUAUAUAGAUAUAGUGAAAAAUUACUAAUCUCAGAUAUUGAAACAGCUGGUGAAUGGAUAUUGAUAUCAUUUAAUUUUGAUGAAUAUAUUGCCAGAAUCCCAAAAAGUGCAAUACCCAAAGAACUAAUUUUUUCAGAGUCCUUUUACCGAGAUGUUUGUCAAACAUUUGCAAGCAGACAUUUAUCGAAGAGGUCCUUACAUUCAAAAACUCUCUCACUUGCGUAUUCAAAUUUAGAGGUCAUUUAUAACAAGCAUGAGUUUACUUCCGAAAUUGAAAAGUAUGUGAAAAAGAAUGCCAAGAAACUUUCAAAAAAUGGAAGCUUAUCAUACAAAAUUAUGAAGGAAAAAUCUUCACAUUGCCUCAAAUAUGCUGCAACUGUUGUGGACAUCAAUUAUCGGUUGUUUGUAUUUAUAAAAAGCGAGAAAAAGCUGCUCCACGUCAUUGAUGACAUUCUCAAUAUUUCUAACUUUGAAUUGAGUCCUGAAGCGAAUGGAUUCGGUUUGUUAUUCACUACGACGGAUGAGAAACACAGAACAAGCAAAAUUUUUCAUCGAUUUUAUAGAAAUUAUUCGUUCGAUAGUUUUGAAGAACAGUUAAUACUUGAGGAGAAUGACGACAGGUUUUUCAUUGAUAUUGGAUGCACUAAAGCAAAUACGUUCAAAUACAUUUCGAUUAACAGCAAGAACACAACAGAGGUACAUCUACUUCACUCAGAUGGAAAUGGAAAUUAUUCUCGCACAUGUCUUCAUAGUAGACAGAAUGGAAUUCAAUUUUUCUUUGAACAUCACAAAGAGACAGACACUUUUUUCAUCAUUUCUAAUUCCUCACCAAAUACAGAUUUGGAUAUUUACAGAGCUUCAGGAUCAGACGUGAGAAACUCUUCUGGUGAAACCCCAAAAACAUUGAUCUAUCGUCACAAGAGUGAUCAGUCCAUUCAUGAAAUUGAUAUUUUCUCAAAAUAUCUGGUGGUAUAUAUUGUAGAAAAUAGUUUAAUCAAGCUAUUGAAAUAUGACAUUGCAAAUAACAAAUUUGAAUACCUUCCCGUGGUUCCAGACACACACUAUAUUGAGCUUGGAGCAAAUUUAGAAUAUCACGAAAACAGGUACAAUGUGAAAUGUCACUCAUUGCUCCAUCAAGAUCCUAUCAAAGUGAGUUAUGAUCUUGACACCAAUAAUCUCAUGAACGUUUUCAAUCCAUCCUCAUCAUCAUCAUUAGAACAUGGUAGCCACACGAAUGAAAACUCGAAUCUGAUAUGUGAAUGCACAGAGAUUGGAAGCAAUCACAUUCCUAUCAAAAUACUCUAUGAUAAGACUAAAAUCAAACCUGAUAGCAAAUGUUUUGUGGUGGGAUAUGGAGCAUAUGGAACUCAUCUCAUGGAAGAUUUACAAGUCUCGAGUAACACAUUAUACUAUUUCUAUAGAGAAUACUUUUUGAAAAGAGGAUACAUGUUUGUUUUUGCACAUGUGAGAGGAGGUAGAGAAAAUGGCUUGUCUUGGUAUCAACAAGGAAUUAAGGAACACAAAAUGAAUAGCAUGACUGAUCUCAAACAAGUCAUGGAUUAUAUGGUGAAUGUGAGGAACAUGACGAGAAAUGGAAUGUUUAUUGGGAGAGGAAUUAGUGCCGGAGGAUUAUUGAUGAUGUCCACACAUCUCAUGUUUGAGUCUGAACAAUUGUUUAAAUGUUUGGUGUUAAAAGUGCCGUUUUUGGAUGUUCUGACAACCAUGUUGGAUGAUUCGCUUCCAUUGACUGAGCAUGAAUUUGAUGAAUAUGGAGACCCAAAGAGAGACAUACAUAUUGCCAUGACCAUGAUGAAAUAUUCACCCUACCACCUUCUCCUGACAUCUUCUGUAAAUCAGUUUCCUUCUCUAUUAAUGACAGCAAGCCAUGACGAUUUUCAAUGCCCAAUUUGGAACGUUGCAAAAACAAUGGCUGCAAUUCGAAACAAGUCGAAAGAACCCACAAAGAGUCAUCAGCUCGUUAAGGUUCACCACAUGGGUCACGCCGAUGAAGUUUUCACAAGAACCAUGCUCGACGAUGUGGCCAAGGAGAUUGUUUUCAUUGAAAAAGCAUUUAAAGAGGAUUGA